AUGCGUUUAACAUCUAUUACCAUCACAUUUAUCCUGUUCUUGGUGCAGGUCAUCGCUGAAACACCAGGAUUCCCACACGUUGUGAGUUUUUCUUCUGAUUUUUAUAGAUUUUCAAUAAUAUACCUUUCCAGGCCCAGGAAAAUAGUUCGAAUGACGAUAAAUUUGCGACAAUUCUCGUGUCAACAAUCGACGGAAGAUUGCGAGCAAUUGAUUCACAAACCGGGACCAUAAAAUGGACUCUUCAAGAAGAACCAGUUCUCCGCUCGCCAUCUUCAGUCAAACAAGGUUUUACCUUUCUCCCAAAUCCAUUAGAUGGCUCACUUUAUGUGCUCAAAGAUAGUCUGCUCAAGAAGUUGCCUUUUAAUAUUCCCCAACUAGUUCAUGCUUCACCUUGUAAAGGAAAUGACGGGAUUCUGUAUGCUGGUAAGAUAAUUUGAAUCAAUUUUAUAGUUCAGAAAACAACUCAUCAACUUUUCAGGUAGCAAAAAAGACGUGUGGUUUGGCAUUGAUCCAUUAACUGGAAUGAAAGUCGAAACACUGUCUUCAGCUUCAGCCGAUCGAAUUUGUCCAGCAAAUCAAAAGCAAACUGUGUUUUUGGGACGAACUGAAUAUCGAAUAUCGAUGUUUGAUGAGCAUAACCGUGGGAAAACUUGGAAUGCGACUUUUAAUGAUUAUUCCGCCCAUUUAUUGCCGGAGAAAAACGAGUAUCCAUUGAAACACUAUGUUUCGUCGUCACAUGGCACAAUUUUAGCGGUUGAUAAGAAAAAUGGUGAGAUUUUGGGGGUUUGAAUGGAAAUUCCGAAAACUUUUGAAGCCUGUAUAUUCUUUGUUGAAAUUUCUGAAAUAUUUUUGUUUUGAAUAUAAAAAUUAUCUUGCCUAUUUCCAUGACGUGGCAAAUGCUCACUGUUUUCAGAAGAAGAAAAAUUUGAAAAUGAAAAUUUUUAUUUUCCAAACGUGACAUUUGAUUUUCCCCCAUCGAUUUCCUAUUCUCUCGUUCAUUUCUCCAAAAACAAACAUUCGAAUUGUACGAAUUCUAUUUUAAAAAAAUGUAAGCAAAUUUUUUUCCUAUAAUAAAAAAUCCAUAAUGUUCAUGUUUAUGCGAUUAGUUUUUAUGAUAUUUCGGCCAGAAAACCAAUGUUUUUUGUUUGUUUUCUCUCCAAAAAUGAUAUUUUCCAGGAGAAAUCAAAUGGGAUCAAGACUUAGGACAACCCGUAGUUGCUCUUUAUCUUCUCGAAAAUGAUGGAUUACACAAAUUGCCGUUCACUGUUAUGGGAAAAGAAACGAUGGAAAAUAUUGCCAAGGUGAGCUAUUUUUCAUUGAAAUUAAUAGAUUUUCAAACUAUUCUUGUAAUAACCUUCAAAAUUCUUAUCAAAAACUCUGAUCUUUGCCAAUUUUGUUCUGCGUUCUUCAACCUACCGCAUUUUUUCGUACGGACAAAAAACUAGUGUAAACGAACAUUCUUCACUUACAAAAAAUGUUCCAAAAUUGGUCAAUCUAGCCAAUUAUACGCUAUCUUCUUGUUAUACACUAA